AAUUGGACAUCACUUAUGGGACCUGAUAAGAAAAAGAUGUUACAAUAUUUUCCUGUAAGCAAGUUUAUAUCUGGAGAACGUGGAAUAGUUAUUGAAAAUUUGUGGCACAAAUUUUAUAAAUUAUAUAAGGUUUUAAAAAAUGCAUUACUUACUGAAGAAGAACUUUUAGA